AUGUGUAUUGGUAGCACUGGACGCUGCUGGCCUGAUUUAUUACGUGAACUGUCAAAAGUUCAAAUUGCUGAUGGACUUCAUGAACGGUGUUUUUUUUGCUUUGAUGUUAAUGGUGAUACAGAUAUUACCCAAUUAACACUAGUUGCUGAAAAACAAUUUUAUGAAAACUUGUGUGAUGAUUUACUGUCUUCUACAUCAAUAAACAACUUAUUUGGCACAGCUUUGGAACGCCAUAAAGCUUUUCCUCAAAAUGGUGUUCCAAUACAGCCAUUAGAAGUUGGUAUUCAAGCAGCUACAUCUGCAGUUGCUUUGGUAUUUUCGUUUUUAUUACCACAAGCUGUAUUGUUAUUUAAUUAUGAAAGCUUCAAUGAAAACAAGUUGACUGGAGAAGUAGCAAUUGAUGAUAGAAAUCUGAAGAUGACAAAACAAGAAAUGACUGUUCUUCGAAUAGAAAAGUUUAUUAUGAAAUUAAAAUUAGCUCGAAGUGGUAAUAAUGAUAGUCAAAAUACACAAUCAACAUAUGAUUUCAAGGACAUAAAUCAACGUUUAUCAAUGAUUCCUGUGGAUAACUCGAUUCACAAUAGAACGACAGUAGAUCGUAAUUCAGAAAGUACUAAAGGUAUUGAAGUUGAUUUAGGUAAUCCAUAUGAACAAAACUUAUCGUUAGCAACAAAUAUUGAUGUUAACGUCAAUGAGUAUUUUGGAUCGUUAAAAAUAAUAAAGCUUGUAUCAACUUCAUUAUGUCCAUCAAAUUUAUUAGUAAUGACAUUACAAGAAGCACCAUAUGAUCGAUUGAAUAUUGAUCUUUCGACAUUACGUAAAGAUAUAUGUAAAGAGAAAACAAGUUAUCAAGAUGAACUCUUAUCAAAUGAUGAAGGUCUAGUUAAUGACAAUGGAAGAAAACAAUUUAAGCCAAAUGGCGAAUAUAAAUGA